UAGGAGAGGGCACAAUAGAGUAAUAAAGUUUUUAAAAACGCACCAUAACUUUGCAAGCCCCCAGAUAUCGAAUAUGUCGACAUCAGUGUAUUGACCUGAUUUUGGACCGAAAAAUCAGAAAGACUCUGAGAUUUUUUAUUGAAACUCAGAGACUAUCAUUUAUGUUUAAAUAUGUAGUAGUGCACUUCCUUACUUGUUUUUAAUAAUCUUAACAACUAGAGAAUCCAACAAUAUUUACACUCUUGAAAUCUGAGACCUUCCUUGAGUUUUUUAAUAUUUUGUACACUGUUUUCAAAAAUCACAAUAUUUUCUUAUGCUUUGUUUUAAUUUAAUAGAAUUUCUCCAACAGAACUUCACUUCUGCAGUUACAUACACUAAAUAAUUGUCCGUAAAUUCUUUAAAGUCCGAAGAUUUUUCGUUUUUUUCCAAUUUGCAAUGAGUAUCUCGGACAUAUCGACCGAAUCUGAGCUAACCGUAGCCGAAGAGGAAGAAGAUCGCAUAAAUAUCGGACUUUACAUUGGCGGUCGCAAUGCAGCUGGCCAACGCCAUGGACGCGGAUGGGCCAUACUUCCCAAUGGGGAUCAAUAUGAUGGACAAUAUCGGCAGGGCAGGCGUCAUGGCAUUGGAUUGUACGUAUUUAAAGAUGGAUCACGCUAUUACGGGUCCUAUCGAUGCGGGCACCGUUCCGGUCGAGGUAUUUUCAUCUAUCCCGACGGUAGUAUGUAUGAGGGUUGUUGGCGUAAGAAUAUAAAACAUGGCAAAGGACGCUAUAAGUACGUUAACAAUGAUUGCUACAUGGGCAACUGGUACCGCGGUCUGAGGCACGGUGUUGGUGUCUAUUGCUUUAAGUCCGAAGAGUGCGGAGAGCUACGUUUCAAAGGCACAUGGCGCAUGGGAGUUCGUGUGGGACCAUUCCAAAUAUUUUAUGGAGACGAAGAUCGUUCAACUAUUCUACAUGGAACCUGGGACAAUGAGUACCCACAAGGUCCAGCUGUCUUCACUUUUGAUCAACGUUACAUGCUGAUGGGGUUCUUUCAAACGCCUGGUAUGGCGUAUAAAAUUAAGAAAAGUGAUGAGGGCGAUACGGAAGAGUUCGGCGGCGAAGUCGAAACUGAACGUAAUGAGAAUGGCGUAUACGUCGAUGUAUUACCAUCACAGUGGUUUGCCCAAGAUAUUUGCUGUUAUGAUUAUGCUCAAUUGCCACAAGAGCCUGUACCAUUGCCUUUGUCUGAUUCCGAGGUGUCUGUUUGCUCGUUAAGUACAGUGCCGACGGAGUUGACGCUGCAGCGUAGCAUUUUAUAUGUUGGCGAAGCAGAAGAAGAAGGAGAGGGCGAGUGCGUGGAGUGCAUACCAUGUGAGGGUGUUAGUGAGAGUGAAAUCGAAACGGAAAGUGAGCACAUCUGCAGUCAGAAAGCUGAUCCAUGUGCUAUCGAAAUCAUUAGUGAGCCAAAAGAAUGUUAAUUUUCAAAUAGUUAUUAAUAUUUUCUGUGAUCUUUUUUUGAGUAUUUUAUAAUUAGUUUUGUCAAUUUUUUUAGGCUGAAUGAAACGAUAAAAAUAAUUGUAAAUUGUAUUUGGUCGAAUUACGUACGUAUGUAUGUACAUACUAACAGAAGUACAUACAUAUGUAUGUCAUUAAAUAAUAUUAAUGUUUGAAGACUCUUUAA